AUGGCCUUGAAUUCUCGGCCAAGUGGCAGAAGCCGCCCCGCUGUACAAAGGCUUUCCAACAUGAACUUCAUGUGUCAGGGGCAUCUGAGCCACAUUGGACUUCUGCUGGCAUUGUUCUUAGUGAUAACAUCAUCACAGAUGGAGCAAGACCGCCUACAGAUUUUGCAUGCUACAAGAGCAGAGCGGCGAAUCAUGAUUCAGAACGAGGUUCUCGAAUACAUUGAGAUUGACUUGCACUUCUCUGCGCCAGUCUAUGCCAUCAGCUGUUCUCAGCUGCGUGGCCUGCACGUUGCUGAAGCAGAUCGAUGUGCAAGCUGUCCACCGGGCUGCACGCUGUCAGCAGCGUUUAGCCGCUAUCCCUACGUCCCUGAGUUGUUGCCAAAGCUGCAAUCAGAGCCAGAAUGUAUUUGCGGUAUCAGUUUUGAAGAAAUGCAAUUGAAGGUGCAGGCCUGGCCCGGCGAUCAGGGCUUUAAUGUCUUGACUGAUCGGAGACCAGCUUUCAUUCACGGAGUGAGAGACACUCCUCUUAUGUAUACUUCAGCGAUCUGGAAAUUUGAUGCGCUCAUGGCAUCAAUCAAAUGCCCGAAUGAGGCCAAUAUGACUCCAGCCUUAGCCAGGAUCCGACGUUUUGGGAUCAAUGGGCCGCCAUUGGAUAAUUCUCUUCUUUGGUUUCAGAGGUUUGAGACUGCUUUUGGUGUUGAAAGCAUUGACAGAUUGCUGGCCAAUGCCUCGAAGUCCUACAGUGCAAGGCGCGCCGUUUUCUUGUUGCCAGUGAGACGUACCAAGAACGGACGCACCAAGCAGCUGGGACUGUCCUUGCAAGAGCUGGCCCCUUGUCGUUUGGAUUUGCCCUACUUAGUUGGUCCAAGAGGCGAGCCUGCAGAAAGCGUGGAGAGUGUCGGAGCUCUCCCAGAGCGGAAGUUCCCAUGCAAUCCUGACAGCCUCGAGGCAGCCCACCGCCAGAUGAAAGCAGUCAUGGACCAAGUCCUCACAGCGGGUCGACAGCACGGUCAUUGCGUCUCCGACUGGAGGACAACUUUCCCUCCGCGUGGAAGCGGUGGUCCUGGUGGCACAUCUGGGCGAGGUUAUGUGUGGGGAGACCAAGGCCAGGCAAACGAGACGUAUUCGCCCUACACCACAACUGAGUUGUCAACUCGCCAUCGGCGGGUUGGUGUUUUGGCAUAUCGCAAUGACUUUCUAUCUCCAACACCUGAGAUGGCAAUGCCAUGUAGUGUGUACCGGUGGCAGCUCCGGCUUCGAUCACACAACAUGCGUGAGCGGGCUGUCUCAUACACUGCAAUGGAUGCGGUCAAUGGGUGCUGGUCUAUGAUGGAGCGAAGUCUGCGGUUUGAGUCCCGCUCAGUUGUUCUGGAAUCGCAAAGCUGCACAAAGGAUCCAGAGGACGAAAACUUUGUUUUCGAUCCUUGCUGCAACUUGCAGAGGCUGCGCUGGCAAUGUUGUGCUAAACAGACAAAGACAAUUCAACAAUCUGUUUUGAUGUCAGUGGACUACAAUGCAAUGGCUGGCUGUCGCAAGGAUGAGAGCGGGCGAGCAAGUUUUCCAAAGGCAGCUAUCUCAGCUGCAAUGGCGUGGAAACGACGCUUGACAGAGCCGCUUGGUCUUCAAUUAAGCUGGAUGAAGCUGGCACUCCAUGAACAGGCAAAUGCAGCGAUGUGGAGGUCCGUCGAGCAGUGCCAUGCCGACGUCAUGGGUCGAUUUGAUCGGGAAUCGGGCAUGUACCUUGGCUCGCCGUGUUUGAUCGAUAGUGACUGUUUCACGCGGUGCCGGAAGCCUGUCUUGGAAAGCCUGCAAGUUCGGGUCGCACUUAGCCAGGGCUCGAGAGUGAAGACGCUUGUGCUGGGGCGCUGCACCGUUCCCUCAGAGAGCCGCCAUGUCUACAUCGUGCGUUGUUUGGCUCGGCGUUUGGGCAAGGAGGUUGUGGAGCUACUGGCUGCACAGUUAGGGCUUGAAGUGCCCAACAGAAACGAGGCAACCAUCGCCACCGCUCUAGCCAGCGACAGGUCGCGCAUGACAAGUGUUUGCGUUGGGCCUCUUGCAACUCCAGGACGGGCUGUUUCAAGGGAGGAGUGCCUUAGCUCGGAAGGCUGCAACUGGCAUCAUGAAAUUAGAACUGCCGCAGAGUGCACGGCAGAGCAGUUUCAGAAUGACGAAUUCUGUGGCUGUCUUGAGGGCAGCUGCCCACAGCAGAGCAGGCGAGCCGGUUGCAUCACGGGCGCGAAAUACACCGAUUACUGCACAGAUGCACGGGAAAUGCUACGUCCCUUGGAACUUGCAUGCGCAAGUAUCGCGACCAGCGCUGUGGAACUCAGGAGAUGCCGAAACCUGGCAGACGUGCACAGCUACAUGUUUAGACAUUGCAUAUCAUCACCUUGUACGCCAAGGGCUGCCUACUUUUGGGCCGACGAGAAAUGCAAUGACAACAUGAGAAGAGAGUUCCAGGGCUGCUAUGACUCCUGCGUCAUGCCUAGUGGCCCAAACCCAUCAAUAAAUCGUGAGGUUUGCUUCCAUGAGCUCUGGCCCAAUGAGACCGACCAGGAUUGCUACAGGAAACCUGGAGAUGCUACUGUCCAUUAUAGCCCGCCGUUGGGUGCGGAGAACGUUGACGAGAACUGGGCAGGUGCCCUGACCGUGGACUUGCCAAAGGAGCGGCGUCCCCGCUACUGCUCCAUCCGCUUGUGGCAGGAGCUUGAGCAGUCAAAGCCACCUCGGUCUUUGGCCUCUGAGCGAGCAGCACUGCUCAAUCGCGUGUCCCGUGAGAGCAGCGAGAAUGCAGCCCGUCUUCGCCGCACCGAGGGCCAGCGGCGAGAGAAUGAGGUUUUCUCCACAGCCGAGCCACCAAGGUUUACUGGCUGCGACAUGGGCCCGUUGUCGCUCACAGCCGAAUCAUCCAUAGCCUGCAGAGCGAAGACUGAGUUCACAUGCUGCUUCAUGCCGGCAAAUCUCACCACUGGCGCCUGCGAAUUUUGCACCCAAGCAAACACUACAUCCUGCAGCAUUGGGGAGAAGCUUCUGGCAAUCUGGGCUCCCAACCUCCAACUGUACCCAGCUUUUUUGGCUGAAGACCUUGGAAGUGAUUUGGCCCGUGUAGAUUGGGAAGAUGGUGACAUCUAUUACCGCCAGGUGCCUUGGGCUUGGCUUCGCAGCGGUAGUGGGGGAGGCUGCCAUCCUGUUGGCGAAGGAUGUGCGGCACACAGUCAGUGCCCUGUUGGCCAAUACUGCUUCAGCUGCGAAACAUGUGCACUUGCUUAUGGAGGCAACCCGCCCCCUGGGCUGUGUGACCCUUGUCCGACACACCGCGGCGGUGGCUGUGGCAGACUUGAUGCAUGUGUGCGAUUGCAAGACAGCAUCGACAACAACUGCCCCACUGAAGGGUUAAUCGAAUGCCCUUGCAAAGAAGAAUGGAGCGUAAGGUAUCAGUAUCCAGGGGCUCCGUCAGAAGAAAGCAUCAACGACUGCUACUUCGAUGUCUCCUCGAACAGUCGCUGGUGUGAAGUGGAUGAAACCUAUGUCGGUAGCGGAUGCAACUUGCAAAGGAUUGUGGGUAAAGAUCGAUUCAUUUACUGGCAGACUUGCCGCCCAAAGACCUGUGACUUCUGCAACUGCGACUGCAGUGAGAACUGCCGCGCAUUUGACGUUCUCCCUGCAUAUGGCCGCCUUCCUGCCGAAGUGGUCCCUGGAGUUCUUGACGCUCCCCUAAGCGACUCCAUGAAGCGCUUUUCCGGAAUCGUGGCUCCAAAUUGCACACAGGGCAGUUCCGCUCGCAUCCGGGAUGUUUGCGAAUAUUGCGUGGCAUGCUGCAAUGACUUCUGCAAUGCAAAGGCCAAGAAUGAAGAAGGUGGAUUUGAUUGCACGACCACUGAAGUGUCAGGCUGCUCCGACAUGGUGCACGGAUGGGUGGACAGUGUAGGCCGCAAUUGUCCGACGUACGUAGUGGACAGCUUAUGCACUCAGCAGGGCCUCUACGGCACCAACUGGGUUUACAAUCCACCUCGUACAUUUGCAGACUUUUCUUCCAGUGGCCUAGCUGCCACUGAUGUCUGCUGCGAUUGCGGUGGAGGAGUCGACUGCAGUGAUAAUCCUUUUGACUGGGUUGAUUCUGAUGGGCACCCGUGCACAACCUACGAGACAUUCAAAUGGUGUAACCGCACUGGCUACGGUCCGGGUUGGGAUUUGACCUGGGGACCUUUCAAGCUAGGAACAAGUGGCGUGGAUGCUCAUACAGCCUGCUGCAUUUGCGGAGGUGGUCAGGCCUUAGUUGUACCCGAGGUAAUCAACAACUUGGUCAACAACGAAGCAACUUGCAGGGCUGUGUGGCCUGGGAGAUCACAGUGGGCACCCCCCCCUUGGUUUCAAAGGAAUAUCCACUUGUGCCAGCUGACCAGCAACAUUUGCGGCCGCAAGUUGCAGGCAACAAUGUAUGAUCCGGCCACCGCGUCGAAUAUGGCUGAUGAUGAGCGAAUUUUCGGGCUUUGCCUUCAAAGAGCAUAUGACACCGGCACGCUACCUUACCUGGAAGACUUUGAGAUGUCUUUGGCUCCGAUUGGGACCGGACGAAGGCUUCAGGGACCAGCUUACCAUGUGUCUGGCAGGACAAGGCUCAACUCGACGGGCUUGCAGCACCUAGCUGAUUAUGCCUCAAGGCGCCUAGCCAUCUUGGACCGAAAUCAAAAAAUGGAGCCAACUGAGCUGACACGGCAACUGAUUCGUGAGGGAGCAUCCAUUCGCGUGGACUUCUUUGGGAACCGCGGUCUGGGAAUGUGCUACUACAGGAUGCCAGAUCCUCGUGAAAUGUUCGGAGGCGCCAAUCGUGAUGUCUAUCCCCCCCCGCUCUUGCCCUCCAGAACUGCGGAAACAGAUGUCUUUGAGAGGCCAAGACUCCAAGCACUUGGGUGGCCGCAGAGCUUUUGGAGCGCUCUCUUUGAAGAUGGUGACGCGGAAUCCGCGAUUUUCAAAGUUCAGUGGCCGCAGACCUUCAACACAGCGACGGACUUCAGCACAGUGUUACGAGGAUUGCUGGCCAAGCACAGCGUGCAGCUUGUUCUGAAGGGAGAGUUUGACAACCGUGUCCAGAGCUGGACAGCCACACUGGCCACUCUGGAAUGCAAAGGUCCGGAAGAUGAUCUAACAAAGUUCAACCAACCGACAGAGUGGCGUCCUGCCAUCCUUCAUGACCGUACGAGCUGCCGUGUGGAUCGCUGUGACGUCGAUGAGAUGAUCCUGGAUGACCUGAUGUGCCGUCUGACAUACGGUUGCACAGCAUCUUGCACCUUCUGUGCUUCCCCCUCACUUGCCACUCAGGACAAUGGCCUGUGUGUGUCAUCUGAUGUGGCCAAUUGCAACAGCCUUGGUGGAGUGAUAGUAGCAGGAGAGCUUUUUGAUGAACGGAUGGGUGUAAAGCGAUUCCAGAGGCUCUGUGCCCUCCGCCACCGUCCAAUGAUUUAUUGCAUGGGACCGGGGUUCUCCCUGAAGCGCUGUGAAAACUUUGAUGAAGCAAGCUGUGAGGAGGAUCCCUUAGCCAGACUCAUGGGCUGCUAUGCAAGUGUACGGCCAUGCCAGACAGCAGAUCACUGUCAAAUGUCCGGCCACUGCAGUGAUGCUGACAUCGGCUUGAACUUGGCAAGCCCAGGAACUUGUGUGAUCACCCCCCUGGAUGACAAUCUCUUGCAGCAAGGGUGUUCUAUUGGAGGUGCUAGUAGCUUUCCAGAUGGACUUUGUUUCUUUCGAUUGGAUCCUGCCUUCGGCAUGGAGGUCCGGCGGCGCCAUGGUUUGAUGGACUUGUCGAACCUGACUUCAGACGUCGGCACGGAGCUUGAAGACGCUGCUGCCUGGGCCGCUUCCCUGCAGGAGGCGCGGUUGGCAUCAGAGACCACAGACACGGACAUCCUUCGCACACGGCUCCGUGAUGCUGGGAAGCUGAACCAAUCCGAAUGCGAGGCUCUGAACCCACUCGCGCCGCCAUUUCAAGCUGUGUGGAUAGAGCGCUCCGUGAGUCCGACUGCCUGUGCCCGUUGGAAAGCCUGCUGUUUGCUACAGAGGGGUGACCGGUGUGAGCUCUUCACCAACAACGCGGUCGAUGCAGACGCAAACCCUGACUUGGCACGAGAAAAACAGACUGAGUGCUCGCAAUGUGGAGGGCAGUGGGUCGAGGUUUUUCGAUGGACCGCUGGCGUGUGGAAAAGAGGCGAUUUGCAGUCACCGCAGAGAGGUUGGUAUAGCCGCCGCUGGGGCAGCAUCAAUCGUUGGGUAGAAGUUGUGGACAUCGACAUCCUGCGGCGACUGUUUGAAAACGCGCUGGAGGAAAGACUUGGACAGCAGAGGCUCAACGCGGCCGUAAGCAUGGUCGAGCCUUUGAUGACAUCAUUGAAGCUCUUCGCGGCUGCUUGUGGGGAUGGAUCUGACGUUAUGGAUUCUUCAGUGAAGCGAGCAGAGAUGCUUGAGGACAAGCUUGCAGCUGCAGCGACCCUGCAGCUGCCUUCAGGGGCCUUCGAAUUGGGGCAGAUUCUGUCGACGUCGGGGCUUAUCAGCUCUGGAUCUGUUGGGGAUGUGCAAUUAUCUUGGCAUGAAUACAGUGCAUCAAGAUUUGGGGAGGCCAGCGGGCCAGCAGUGACCUACGAUCUCAGCCUGGUGCCUUUUGAGUACAUGUUGGGAGCAGCCGCUCCACAAAUUGCAUUGCCGGGAAGGUCUAGCCUUGUCCGAAAUUAUUUGUUGGAGUAUUUGAUUGUCCAAGAUACCACCACCACAUUGUCGCCAGCCAGCAUGGAGACAAUCGAUGCUGGUGGCAUCCGUGGAGGUUAUCCUGCCUGGAUCAUCAAUGAAAUGAUCAAGCUGGACAUCGAUGUUGAGGCAGAGGCGGAGGCGGCUGCCGAGCUGGCGGAGAAGCUGGCUGCGACGGAAGAGACGAGGCGCCAAGAGCGGCUCCGGGCUCAGGAGGCAGCAGCAAAGGCUGCUGAUGCUGCCUCCGGGCUCCCAUCUCCUUCCCUUUAUGUUCUCACAGGAGAAUAUCUUGAGAACAACACAGAUAUGACCAACAGUGGCUCUUCCUUUGAUCUAGCGACUUUCGACUGCCGCAACGUCGUUGCGAAUGCUCAGGGAGAGGUCUUUGGUCAGAUCAUUGGCGAUUGCGUGCAGGUACGCAGUUCUCAAACCAUCGAAAACUCGGUGGAGUUAUGCCUGCCGUUGAGCUUCGGCACCCCAGAGGAUAUCCAGGCUUUCAAUAGCACAGCGCAGGCUGAAGAAGCUGGGAUGCGCUUUGACUUCGCUGUCAGCCAGAUCGUGCCGGACACCUAUGCAAUUGACUUGCCGCCCCCCCUUCAGUCAGGCACUGAGGUGCCUGGCAGGCUUGGUACAGUGAUGUGGAACUGGCAGGACAGUCCAGCUUAUGGUCGUCUGGUUCCCGGCAGCUUCCAUCUAACUCCUGCAAAUCUGGCUGCCGAGAUUCGCAGGGAUGGGGCGGCCGGGGCCCGGCUUUGCUCUCGGAUUUAUUCCGCUGACACAUACUGUCCCAUUCUGCGCCUCGGCACUCACUUCCGUGCUCCAAUCUGGACAAAUGCCACAGGACAACCUCGUGUGGGUGGCUUCGACUCGGGCUGUCUUGAGUUUGACGGCUUGUUAGCUGAAAUCCAUCGAAGGCAAAUGCCGCAUAUGACCUCUCCAGUUCCGUACUUGCCUUUGGAACAGCAGGUUGCAGAGCAGAAGGUCCUCGAGGGAAGGAGCCAGGGAGUGCUUUUGUCAGUCACGCCAACAUCUAACUUGCCAGUUUGCUUGCCUGGCCAAUGCCUCAUGCAGCGCGGAAAUGGUCUGGAAGUCAUGAGUGCAGAUGCAAGUGAAGGAAGGUGUGCCAUAAUUUGCUAA